AUGUUUGCCCGCAACCAUCUGCACAACAAGUGCUUCACCACCUCUGCGCCAAACUCUGGGCCUCCGUCGCAGCGCACCGUCUUUGGAACUCCGAAAGUAAGACACAGCUCUACCACCACUCGGGCUACGCCUACAGCUUGUCUGGUUUCUAGCGGGAACCCGAAGGAGAACUUUGAGGCGCGGUCUCCCACGAGCAAGGUGAAGUACAUCGUUCAAAGCAUUUUGUCGGGCCCUCAUGGCGUUCACAACGGGUCGAAGCUUUCACGGAGAAGGCGGAGAAUAUCCCGCUAGCCAUGUCUCACAGUAUUUUAUUUUUUCAUAUAUAUGGUGCUAUGAUAUGGUUGUUGCUCUUGCUGGUGGUGCAUGAGGGCGCCUGGCGCGGGAUGAGAGCCAGGUGUUUUCUGUGUCUGCAAGGAAGGGCGUCUAGAAUCUGUCGCUGCUACCUCUUGGCUUCGUCCGCGCCGUUUGUUGUCCGUGCGAAUUGUGGUUUGUGGGGGAGGGGAGGGGGGAGUUGUUUCGAUGGUGUUGGGAACGUAAAGCGGUCUAUUUCUGCAGUCUCUGCAUUGUUUUUGGAGGACACCGCUGUCGCAGCUGGCUCCGUCUCAGGCAGUGACGUUUUUCUUGACUAGAGUUAGUUGUAGAAUUUGGGACGGCCGGGGCGGGGGGGGGUUCUGUGUUUCGUGUCGGGAGAGACGGUCGUUUCUACCUCUGCGUUUGGACAACACUGCUGCCGCUACGUGUAGCUGUUGACUCCGGCUGAGCGGUGUUCCCUCACGACAAAGGUAGUUUGUUGCGGGGGUUGUGUGUCGUCUCCAUGAUCGACGUCGCUGAAGGUCAUGGGCGAGGGCAUGCUGUUGUUGUGGGGGGACAAUGAAUAGUCUAUAUAUACAGAACGACGUUAGGAAGGGUAUGUAUGUAUUGUUUCAAUUUGAAGUACCUUUUAUGGUUCUCGCUUACAUG